AUGAUUAAAAGAAUUAAUUUAAACCCAAGCAAAUUAAACUUAAGCCAAAAGGCUUUAAUAGGUUAUCAAAAUAAAAGCUUUUCAACUAUUGUUAAUCAAAGACAACAAGAGCAACAAGAGCAACAAAAUGAUAACAACCAAAAAGAUAAUAAUAAUAAUUUUAAAUUUAAAUCAGUAUUAGUUGGUGGUAUUUGUUUAGCAUCAAUUUUAACCACUAGUGUAAUUUUAGCAGAAGAUGAAAAUAAACAAACAUGGAGAGAAAAGAUCAUCAAUAAUUAUCAAAAUAGAAUUAGAGAGUUUAGCACCCCAGAAAAAGUAUUUCAAAUUUUUGCUUCAGUCAGAAAAAAUGGCCAAUCAUAUAUGACAGUUGAAGAUUUUAUUAGAGCAAUUUUACCACAUCAAUAUAAAGCCAGUUCAGACACAUCAACUAAACCAAAAUCAGUUAAUAUUAAAGAUAUACCAUAUUCAUUUAAAAUUGCAGAUGUUGAUGGUGAUGGAUUAAUUUCAUUCAGCGAAUUUAUGUUUUUCUCAACACUCUUAUCAAUCCCAGAAAACAGUGCGCCAAUUGCAUUCAAAGUUAUGGAUAUUAACGGUGAUGGUUCAGUCGAUAUCAAUGAAUUUAUUUCAAUUAUAAAGAUCCUUUCACACCAAUCACCAUUUGCUAUGAACGCCACCACAUCACCAAACACUGCACCAUUUACAUCAAAAGGUUCACUCUCAUUCCUUUUUGGCAAGAAUGGCGAAAAACGUUUAACUGGUGCACAAUUCCAACAAUUUCUUUCACAAUUGCGUCGUGAUGUCCUUCAUUUAGAAUUUAACUUUUAUGACCCAAAAUCAACUGGUGUUAUCUCUCAAAGAGAUUUUGGUUUACUUUUAAUCUCCUAUUGUAAAUUAGGCCAAAUGAAGCAACAUAUGGGUGCUCUUUCAAGUCUCCCAUCCACUGUCGACUCACAAAACAAAGGUAUUACUUUUGAACAAUUUGUAUCAUUCAAUAAACUCUUAGAUAAACUCCCAGAUGUCGAAUUAUCAAUGGAUCUCUACAAAGGCUCAAACCAACCAUUCAACAAAAGCCAAUUCAAAUAUGUUUCUAAAAUUAUAACAAAUGAAGAGCCAGCUCCACAAGUUGUCAACACUGUUUACACAAUUUUCGAUACCGAUAAAAAUGGUGAUUUAGCAAAAGACGAAUUUGUUGAGCUUAUGGAAAGAAGAAAAUAUAGAGGUUUAAAUUCAAAUCGUGAUACUGGUUUUAUCGAAAAAUUAAAGAAAAUUUAUAAAAUUUUAAUUAACCAAGAAUAA